ACCCCUUCCAAGCAGGCCCUUAGUGCGGAGAGGGUCACCUCUCAAUUUUGCACUGGUUUCAUUUCUCAAACUUUUUUCAUACCACUCUAAACUCUGAACACCACAGAAUCCAUGGAGGAGGAGAGGAUUGAAACGACGAUGAGCAACUUACCCCCUGAAAUCCUUCGCCUAAUCGUUUCAUUAAUCCCAUUGAAAGAGGCUGUAAGAACCAGCACUCUCUCCACCUCAUGGAAAACCCUCUGGACUCCAUUCCAAGUCGAAUUCGACUCCGACCCGAAUCAAAUUACCAGUGAUACCGACGAUGAAGCUAGCAAGAAGAUAAAUCAAAUCGUGGGUUUGCUCUUGAAGUCCUCCAGUUCUCCAGAGCUUUGGAGACUUUCUCUCCAAACGGAGAAGACACAGAAACCUCUGUUUUUCUCAGCUGCCAAGGGUGGGGAAGGAGGAGGAGAGCUCCGUCUAGAUUUCUUUGAAAAGGGAAAAGAAAUCAAGAGCAAUUUUAACUUGGUUUUCGAUCCGACUCCUAGAAUCUCCAAUUUCUCUUUAUCGAUAAAGACUCUGCAUCUGGUUUCAGUCAACAAAAUUACUCACAACUUGGUUUCGACUCUGUUUUCCAGCUGCCGGUUUCUCGAGGGCUUGAAGCUUGAGAAAUGCAGUGGGAUUCAGAGCAUCGAUAUCAAAGCAAGUGAUUCUCUCAAUAGUUUUGAAGUGGAGGGUUGUGAAGAGGUAGAAAGUAUUGCGAUUUCUGCACCGAAUUUGAAGUCCUUGUGGUACAGAGGAGCACUUCCUCUGAUUCAAAUAAAUGGAUGUCUGAAUUUGGUUGAUGUGGUGCUUGAUUUGAGAGAAGGUUUUGGCGGAAGUGAAUUUGAUUGUGAGGAUGUUUUGAAUCUUCUUUUCUCUCUCAAGGAUGUUGAGAUUCUCAAGAUUAGUGGGUGGCUUCUUGAGCGGUUGUGUGCAGCAGGGGUGAUUUUCGGAAGGCUUCAGUUCAGAUUCGACAAGUUGAAGGAAUUAAGCUGGUUUGAUGCUUCGAUGAACCAGACAGAGAGGGAUUCAUUGGCUUGCUUCUUACACAUAUCACCUCACUUGGAAAAAUUGUUCAUCAUGAUUGAUCAAAACUUGAGCUCCAUCACCUGCCCAUAUUUCCACCAAUUUUGGCACGAGCCUCACUUGUGGAUGGACUACUACGAAAUGGAGACGUCGAAUGUUUGUCAACUUGAACGUCUGAAACUCAUUCAAUUGGAAGGUUUUACAAAUGAACAGAAUGAUCAGUUGAUGAUGCUAAUGGAUCUUUUACUUAGGAAGUCAAUUGCUCUUAAAUCCAUGACUGUAAUAUCACCUGAAAAACAGUCACGGCGGGUCACAAAAAUUCCCAAGAGUCAGUUGAACCAGACAUCCGCGUGCAGUCCGAAGCGAUUAGUUAUUUCUUCUCCGAACAAGGACUACUUUUUUGGAUUAAUCGAAGAUGAAAAUAGUUUCCGCUGGUUGUAAAUUUAGGUGUUCAAGCUUUUGAUUUGUAAGGAGGGAUGCAUAGACCCACAACAAGCAGUGUAUAUGGCGGUAAGGGAUGCGGAGGGAUUUGUUAAUUAACGCUGUUGAAAAGCAGCAAGAAAGAAUGACUUGGGAAAGGGCUGGCCGGACUCGCAAUGUAAGUAGGUGGAGUGCGCCGGUAAGUGGUGAGCUGAAGGUUAAUGUGGACGGAGUGUGGAAAUAUGUGCUAGGCCAAGGGACACUACAAAAAAAUGGUCUAUCGCGAGGAAAUCCAAAAUUCGUCAUGAAAUGGUACCUUUUGUCGAGGAAAUAGUUUGUUGGGGAUUUUGUUGCUGCCAGAGCUUGUUAUAUGGGGGAGACAGAUUCGGCACUGUGCGCGGAAGCUUUGGCGUGGAGAGCAGCUUUGGAUUUCUGACUGAUGUUGGGUCUGAGAUCAAUUGUGGUGGAAGGGGAUCCUCAUCAACUGGUUAGAAUUUUAUAUACAGAAAAAGUUGUGUGCCCGGCAGGAGCGGAUGUGAUUAUAGAAGAUAUUCGAGGGGCAGUGCCUAAUUUUUUUGUUGUGAAUUCCGGUUUGUUCGGAGAAUGGAUAAUUCAGUUGCUCAUGUUUUAGCUAGUUCGGGUUUGCGUGGUCCUGGUCUAAGGACUUGGAAAGCUAGGCCUCCUAUUUGGUUAUUGAGUUCUCUUGAGCAUGAUAAUCACUGUCUUUAAUGUGUUCUUGUUGAUUAUUCAAUAAAAUUCCUACCGUUUUGACAAAAAUAAAAAUAAAA